GGCAGCCUAACUGGAGUCCAUAUGUUUAUGACUGUUUGGCCCCUACUUAACUGUAGCCUCAUCUUACUGGGGAGAAAGUUGAAACUUUACCUGGAAGGCUGUCACGUACUAACAUACUCUGUUGCUAAUUGCCCCGGGCAUGCCUGCCACCUUCAGUCAUGGGUGCUCAUAACAGAAAUUGGAAGACUGGUCACUAACUAAAAUGUUUGACCCUCACCAGAAAAUAGUAUCUGCCUAAAUUGGCACGUGGAAACCAGUCUCUAGGACCCGGGAGUUGAUACAAGCACACACCCACGUGCAGAAUUUGAGACGGUCACGUUUGUUUACCCCAUGGAGCUGCAGGGGACCUGUUGCACUGUGUUGAGUUUUGGUUUCCCAGCUGAUGGGUGCAUACCAGCACAGAGGCGUGGAGUUCAUGUGAUAGUGACUCAGGACCAGGCAGACUUCUAGCCUCGGUGUCCUCAACUAUAAAAUAGCCAAGGAAUUCUGGAGAGGGCAACAGGUAUCGGCAGGUGAAAGAGCUUAGCAUCCCAUAGGUGCUCCACCAGUGUGAGGCACUUCCUCCGGCAGUGCUUGCUGUCACUUUCCUGUCACUUGUCAUCCCUUCUUUUAUCAGCGUUUUUUAAGGCACUGGGCUGGGUCCUGCGGGAAGUGGGAAACAAGGUAGACCCAGGGCCUGCCCUUGAGCUUACUGUCUGGUGAGUAAAGGACAGGGAUUGUAGUUCAACUGUCAGGGCAACUUAAGAGAAGCAGCCCAGGUGUAGGAAAAAGGAAGCCUGGGGGGCUUGAUUCAUAAAGCUGUGCAGGCAUGGAGGCUGUGAAUCUUUAUUUAUUGAUUUCUUCGGUAAAUAUGAAACAUACCACGUAUACAACAUCCCAGCUGUUUUAUGUCAAUGUCGAUGGUUAUCUUGUAAGUGUUAUCACUCACUUGUCGUAAGGUGGCCACAUUUAUUGGAACUUCCUCUAAGAAGCCUACUGAAAAUUAGCAACUGAAUUAGCUGUCUAAACUCUCUGAGGUGGUUCAACACAGGGCCAGCAGAUGGCAGCAAAGGCUUAUCUCAGUGAUGCCUUCCUGUGACGUCUGUCCUUUACAGUUUUGUGUACUUAUUCGUCGAGGUAUCUUGGGCCCAAGGUUGGUCAGCUCCAGCAGCUUCCCAGCUGUGUACCCAGCGUGUUCCAUGGGAAACGGUACGAGCAGACUCUAUAGUGCUCUCGCCAAGACACUGAACAGCAGCGCUGCCUCCCAGCACCCAGAGUACUUGGUGUCACCUGACCCAGAACAGCUGGAGCCCAUUGACCCUAAAGAGCUCCUUGAGGAAUGCAGGGCUGUCCUGCACACUCGACCUCCCCGGUUCCAGAGGGACUUUGUGGAUCUGAGGACAGAUUGCCCCAGUAGCCACCCACCUAUUAGGGUCAUGCAGUGGAACAUCCUCGCCCAAGCUCUUGGAGAAGGCAAAGACAACUUUGUACAGUGCCCUGUUGAAGCGCUCAAGUGGGAAGAAAGGAAAUGUCUCAUCCUAGAAGAAAUCCUAGCCUACCAGCCCGAUAUAUUGUGCCUCCAAGAGGUGGACCACUAUUUUGACACCUUCCAACCACUCCUCAGUAGACUGGGCUAUCAAGGCACGUUCUUCCCCAAGCCCUGGUCACCUUGUCUAGAUGUAGAGCACAACAAUGGACCAGAUGGUUGUGCCUUGUUCUUUCUCCAAAACCGAUUCAAGCUAGUCAAUAGUGCCAAUAUUAGGCUGACAGCCAUGACACUGAAAACCAAUCAGGUGGCCAUUGCACAGACCCUAGAGUGCAAGGAGUCCAGUAGACAGUUUUGCAUUGCUGUCACCCACUUAAAAGCACGUACUGGCUGGGAGCGAUUUCGAUCAGCUCAAGGCUGUGACCUUCUCCAGAACCUGCAGAACAUCACUCAAGGAGCCAAGAUUCCCCUUAUUGUUUGUGGGGACUUCAAUGCAGAGCCAACAGAGGAGGUCUACAAACACUUUGCCUCCUCCAGCCUCAAUCUGAACAGCGCCUACAAGCUGCUGAGUGCUGAUGGGCAGUCGGAACCUCCAUACACUACCUGGAAGAUCCGGACGUCAGGGGAGUGCCGGCACACCCUGGAUUAUAUCUGGUAUUCCAAACACGCUCUAAGUGUGAGGUCAGCUCUUGAUUUGCUCACGGAAGAACAGAUUGGACCCAACCGGCUACCAUCCUUCAAUUAUCCUUCAGACCACCUGUCUCUAGUCUGUGACUUCAGCUUUAAUGAGGAACCUGAUGGACUUUUAUAAACACUUGUCUGUGUCUUUUUAGUCACAAGAGUCUUAACCAGGGCUGUUUCAGGAAACUGAAAUAGGAUAAGAAGUUGCCUGAGGAAGGAUUCUCAGUUUCUCUCACUUUACUUUCCUCGUUUCCAGCAUGCCCUUGGGAAGGAAUCCCCUUAGUUAGUUCACAAACCUUUUCCAUUAAGACCUACAGCGAGAAAGGUGUUUGCACUCCAGUAUUGGCUUGUGUUUUCUUUCCCUUCUUAGCAUUACAUUUUGAUCAUUUAAGGGCAUUAAAUUAGGCUUGUUCUGAAGCUUUUUCAGUCUGAGGAUGCUAUAUAAAAAUAGAUUUGCUUGAGUCCUCCAUAAUUAACAAUAAGUAUGCAGGAGCAAUUUCUUCAGACAGCAUUUCAAGUUAUUUAUUUGUGGGUUUUUUAAAUGUCAACAAGACAUGCAUGGCAAUAUUUAUUUUUUAUAUCUUCAUGUAAAAUUAAUAUAGCAUUAUGAACGUUUUAAAACCAUGCAAAACAUAAGUUAUAGAGUAAUUUAUAGUAAUUUUCUUAAAGCUUUAAGAUGUUUUUAUUUGGGGUCUAACAAAAUAGUAGUGUGCAAAGGAACUAUUUAGGCUGGAAGCGUUUUAGUUUGUUGUUUAAGUGGAAAUAAUAUCGGGUCUCCUUGAUACAUUCUUCAUAAAUAAUCCUUGCUGUGCCUCCAUGUUCCCCAUUGUGUUUCUUGAAGAGAUUCCAUGACCGAUCGGUUUUCAUUAUUUAAUCACUGUUACACAUUUAUAGUUUUCCAUUGGAAUGCUAUUGGUAUAUAUUUGAGGUCACUCAAUGUUAUUUGUAGUAGAAUGUGCUUUUCACAAUAGGUUAUUUAGGAGCUGUUACGUGGCAGUGGCUAAGGAAGUUAGUGGGACCUUUUUUUCAGAGGUGGGAAACUAGAAAGUCUGUUAAUGAGGCUGUCAUUGAAAUUUCAGCCAGGUGACUGAUAGAAAGAAGAAUAUAAAAAGUUAGAAAGCAACCUGGAAUUCUCUUCCAUCAGAAAUAAACAAGGUAAAGAUAACAGGUGAAGCCCUUUGCAAACAAAAUCCCAGCAAAUAACCUAUUGGUAAUUAAUAAAUAUUUUAAUCCUUGAGUUGUAAAUAUUUAAGAUUAAUAAAUGGUCUUUUAAAGCUA